AGGUAAACAAGCCGAAGAAGACAAAUCAGAAAUAGAACGUGUCGGACGAGUCGGAACAGGCUCUUCAGGAGAAAUUCUUGAGAACUUUGUUAUCUCUUCAACGAAGAAACAGGACGCUUCCAUGUCGCUAAAGGAUCUACAGUAAAUAGAAAGGAAGACAUAAUUUGUAGAUCGAGGAACUGACAUUUGACAGCCCACGCACUUGCUUCCUGUGUUGUCGGUGAGGUAGCUACGUCUGGAGCUAAAGAGGUUGAUGAUAGUCCAAACAACAGGGCUUGACGCGGACCCAUUUUUAUUCGUGACUAUUUUCUAAAUGCGUCCAUUGGCACUAUGUCACUGAGUUCGGGCGGUUGGACCGCGAGUGUUGCGACGGAACAGCGAGCGCUUCCUUCGCCGCCGGUUGAGAAUGGAGCGUCGCAAGCUGAACCCAACUGUCAAACCGUCCUCAUGUCUGUUCGAGUAUCGUUGUGCCAUUAUGGUAUUCGACCCCUGCGUCUUCCGGGAGCAGGCGAGGAGACUGUUCUCCUUCAGCUCAGUAUGGACCCGGAGAAGUCCGGGGAAUUCCGUCUUUGGCUCAAAGAUUGCAGCGGUAUCGGUCGUUGCGCGACUAUCACCAAGUUUGAUUUGAGAUCUGUGAACUAUGAAGUGAAAGCACCAAAAUGCCACCAGCUGAGUCUGACAACGCCUCCGCAUGAUCGUAUCAGCUUCAAUUUUCGGAAUGAGCAGGAGGCUCAGCAGUGGGCCACUGUGAUGAUGACAUCAUUGAGAGAAGCGCGCAGAGCAGCAGCAGCCACUCUAGAUGACGCAGAGUUUCUCCACCACCAAGAUACCUCAUCUUUGCAGCAAUUAGAAGACACAUGCAUCCAGCUAACCAGAGCCAUAGAGACCGGUGACAUAAAGGCGGCCUCAGUCUACGCUGCCAAGCUUUCCUGCCAAAAGGCUGCACUGAAGAUCCAACCCACUAUACGACAAUGUGAAGACACUGAAAUCAAUUUGACUGUUGUAAUCGAGGAUUCGACGUCAUCCUGUUGCGUCACUAUGAGAGUUUCUCCCGUGAUUACUACUGCAGCUUUGAAACAGCAGAUGUUCCUCGAAUAUGGCUUUCACCCGUGGCUGCAGCGCUGGGUGAUUGGCCAAUGCCUGUGCACUAACGAACGCUCCUUAGCCUCAUACGGCGUUCGUCAGGACGGCGACACGGCUUUUAUGUACCUCUUGUCGGCGUGCCACACGAAGCUGACCCGCCAACUCCUCCAGCAGGACCAGGAAAGCGCACUCCUCCACAAUUCCCUUCCGUGUGCGGAUUUGCGCCCUCACGCUUCUCAUAACAACGGGAGACUUUGUAAGACUUUGCCACCAAAGUUAAAUGGCGGCGACGCUGGUUCACAGAAAAAACACAGUAACCAAGAAGUCAAUGCCGCCAAUGUGGAGUUGCCUCAACUAGAUGAAAGAUCUUUCCCUCAGGGUUGGCCGUGCCCUUCGUGUACUUACAUCAACAAACCGACACGGCCCGGCUGCGAGAUCUGCGGCGCCAGUCGCCCGGAGACCUACAAUGUUCCGGGCGAGUACCAACCAGACUCUCUGGAACGCAGAUGGCUGCAGGAGGAGAAGGAUGCAAUUGCACAGUACCAGCGGGCAAGGGAAGAGGAACGCCAGCAGAAUUUUGCCAAACUGGUCAUGAUGGACGGUCAAGACUUGGUACCGAAUCCUGAGUCUCUGGACUGCCGGAUCUGCUAUACAGAACUUCAGCCAGGACAGGGCGCAGUUCUCAGGGAAUGUCUUCAUUGCUUCUGCAAAGAAUGCUUGCGCUCCGUCAUUAUGCUGAGCGAGGAGCCGGACGUGUCCUGUCCCUACAGAGAUGACAUGUAUGCCUGCACAUGCUCCUUGCAAGAGCGGGAGAUCAGAGCUUUGGUUACUCCAGAAGAGUACCAACGUUGGCUGCAGAGAAGUCUGUCGGUGGCAGAGUCCCGAUGCGAAGGAAGCUACCACUGUGCCACGGCAGACUGCCCGGGCUGGUGUGUGUACGAAGACACAGUCAACGUGUAUCAGUGCCCCGUGUGCAUGAAGCAAAACUGCCUCAUUUGCAAGGCUAUUCACGAGGGAAUGAACUGUAAGCAAUACCAAGACGAUCUCGCCGUCCGCGCCAUCAACGACUCCGCUGCGCGGAGGACAACGCAUCUACUUCAAACACUAGUGCAAUCCGGGGAGGCCAUGCACUGUCCCCAGUGUGGCAUCAUCGUGCAAAAGAGGGACGGCUGCGAUUGGCUGCGCUGCACUGUCUGUCACACUGAAAUCUGCUGGGUCACCAGAGGGCGACGCUGGGGGCCAAAGGGUCCUGGUGACACCACUGGAGGAUGUCGCUGCAAUAUCAACCGUCAAAAAUGCCAUCCAGAGUGUCAAAACUGUCACUGAGUCAUGCAAGAGUGGGUUUGUGUGUAAAUGAUUGACAUAGAAACCAAAUAUUGUCUGGCGAAGUAUUAGUAGAACAAGUUUACAGUCAAAAGCAGACUUGGAAAGGUUGCACCAUAAAAUGUACCAUCAAAGUUUCCACGACAAAUGAGAAGAAACAUAACCAUGUCCGAACGAGAACAGAAUAAUAACUCUUGGUGGGAUGCGGUGCCUUUGCAAAUGAUUUAUUUCCUCAGCAAAUGUAGCCUUCCAGGUAUGUGUGACUUUAACGUGCUGAAACCAAGCUGCAAUAUUUUACACCAACGUGGCCUUUUUACUUGUGCACAAACUCACAAUCAGGGUGUUCAUCCUUGUGCCCGUGCAAUGUAUAUGUAUUAUAUUCUUGAAACUUUAUAGUCUUAUAUUUUUCUAGGCCUUUGUCCCGUAGUCUUGAUUUUCUGUCUGCUGAAUGGAAACUAAAUGUCUCGCCACGUCGACAUAAUGUAGCAGCUGAUGGAAAAACAGAUACGGUUAAUGCAAAACUUCUGGGUGAGUAGCAUAUUGCUUAUUGAUGUAAUUAUUAAUAGGAAAACUUGUCUCCUGCAAACACAUGUUGUAUAAGCUAAUAAUCCACUCCAAAUCUUGUUUAUAUGUUAUAAGUUAUCUGUGAGGGUUUUCAAUCCACUGUUUACUCCUAAAUGCAUGGUUUGAACUUCAUUAUAUAAACAUUAAGUACUUAGUGAAUAAGUAAAAAACUCCCUCCUCCUUAAACACACGACUAUCCUGCACUGAAGCCAUGCAAAUUACUGUUCUGUCUUAAUAUGUAAUCAAAUAUAUUUGGUGUCUCCUGUGCCUUAAUGCUCAUUCAAUAAAUACCCUUUAAAUUAUGA